AUGGCGGAUACGACUGCGCGCACUCGUCUGGACUACCUCUGGGCCGCGGCUGUUGCGGAGAACGAUUGGGCCUUCCAGUCGUCGAAGUCGAGGGCGGUGCAGGAAUUUGUUGAUGCGGCUCUCGCCUUCGCGAAGCCAUACACCCUCCCGUCCCCCUACAAGGUUGGAGGCCCGCUUCUGCUGAAAUUACGGGCGGAUACGGAGGAGCUAGCGAAGCCGAUGAUGGAGAGUUGGCUCAAGCGCGGCUGCACCCUGACGUGCGACGGAUGGACUUGUUUGAAAAGCCGAGGGCUUGUUUGCGUUAUCGCCCUCAACGACACGGCUCCGGUGAUUGUGGAAACAAUUGACUCGAAAACCGCCAAGAAAACAGGCGGGUAUCUUGCCAAGCUCCUCCGCAAUGCCAUUGUCAAGGUGGGGGACAAGACUGUCGUCCAGGUUGUCAUGGACAACGCGUCUAAUAAUCGAAAGGCGGCAGACAUUUUGCGCGACGGAUACCCGGGCAUCUUCUUCAACAACUGCGCCGCGCAUGUACUCGACCUCAUGCUUCACGACUUCGGGAAAAUUCGUGCGGUGAAGCGGGUCAUUAGCCAGGUGAACCGCGUGGUCAUGAUGGUGAAGGCAAGCGCCUCCGCCGUCACCCUCUUCCAUGAGGUCUUUAACGAGCUUGCAUUGGUGCGGCCUGGUGCAACGCGGUUUGGCACGAACGUCAUCAUGCUCGCCCGAUUCCUCGAAGUAAAGAAGUCGCUGCGGCAGAUGGUCAUAAGUGAGGAGUGGGAGGACAUUGCGGUGGCAAAGCAGCCGGAGGGGAAGGCGGUCCGACACCUCCUCUUGGAUGAGGUGUUUUGGGAUUGCGCAACCGCGGUGCUCCGCAUCAUGCAGCCCGUGUAUGACGUCCUUCGGGUCGUCGACACGCGGGCUCUAGUCAUGGGGCAAGUGUAUGGCCUCAUGCUAGAGGCCACGGUGAAGACCAACGAGGCGGCCCAGGCUGGAGCCACCAUGUUUGUCAAGCGCACAAAAUUGCUGCUGGCAAAGGACAAGCCCGCAUUCCUGGCGGAAAUCAAGGCUAUCCUAGCCAAGAGGUGGGACAAACAGAUGCAUAACCCACUGCACGCUCUCGGGUGGCUCCUCAACCCCCGCAAUCAGUACGUGGGGGAAGUGCGGGAGGAUGAGGAGGUGAGGACUGGGGCGGAGGCGGUCAUCCAAGCACGGGUGAAGGAUGUCGCCCAGCGCACCCUCAUCCAGGCGCAGUUGGCUCAGUUCCACAAGGGCGAGGGGCGGUUGGGGUCCCCCGACGCACGGUGGGCUGCUAAGGUUUUGGUGGAGGGGGGGCGCCUGACGGAUGCUGAAUGGUGGUGGAUGUACGGCGGGGAGGUGAAGGCGCUGCAGUCGCUGGCAGUGAUGAACCUGUCACAGCCGGUAACGUCAUCCGAGGUGGAGCGUUACUGGUCCGCGAUUGCUCGUGUGCAACGGCGUGACCGUAACCGCAUCUCCGCCAAGAAGAUGACGGACGUGACCUAUGUCGCGUUCACGAGGAGGGCUCGGGCCACCUUUGACAGAAAGCAGAAGGUGAGGGAGAAGCUCUACGCCGAUCUGACCAACGGUGCCCUCAAGGAAGGGUGUGUCGUCGCUCCGGCAGAGGAAGAGGCGGAGGAAGAGGGGGAUGCUGAGGAGGAGGGAGAGGUGAAUGUGGGAUGCACCAUUGACUGGGAGCAUUUCGGGCAGAUUGGCAAGAAGAAGAGGGUGGGUGAGAGCACCAAAAGGAAGAGGAAGGGCAAGGCGACCAAGCCUUGCAAAGGUAAGGGGAGGUCAGCGGCUGCGCGUGAGGAUGAGGAGGAGGAGGCGGCGGACAGCAGUGGGGACGAGGAGGAGGAGGCGGCGGACAGCAGUGGCAAUGUGGAAGAGCAUGUGCCCACCACCAGGAGGACUCGGGGGGGCGAGGAUCCGUGGGACAUUAGUGAUGGAUCGAGCGGGGAAGAAUCGGAGGAGGAGGAUGACGAGGGGGAGGAGGGGGAUGAUGAGUAG